AUGAAACACAUAGUGCAACUGAAGGAUACAUUAUCUGAACUGAUAUCGGAGGUUUUGGGGCUAAGGAGACACUACUUGGCAAGCAUUAAAUGCAUGGAACGUGCUCUUAUUCAAUGCCAUUAUCAUCCUCCAUGUCCUCAGCCUGAGCUGACCUUAGGCACAUCCACCCAUACCGAUGCAUCGUUUUUAACUAUACUUUUGGAAAAUAAUAUCGAUCGACUCCAAGUUCUUCAUCAGGAUCAGUGGGUCAAUGUGCCUUAUCGCCAUGGAUAUCUAAUUGCCAAUAUUGGCGACCUUUUGUGCUGCGCGGCUAAGGUGGCAUCCAUGGAAUCUGCAGGACGGAUGAAGAAACUGGGAAUCUUGGUAAUCCCGGAAUCCACCAGCCCUUUAACUCCUUCCUUGCUUUCCAAGAAAGCCUUCAUUUCUUCGGCUAUUAAUCCCGGAAUCUUUGGUACUGAUCUAUUGUCUGAUUCUUCAAGUGACAGCUGGAACAACAGAGAAGAAUGCUAA